GGUUACUUCUUCUGCCUGUGGUACAUAAACACAGGGAGUUUGCAAGUGAAGAGCGCUAUACUGAGGACAAAUGGAAAGAAUUGCUCUGUUGCAUGGUGCUCUGUUGUCUUGUGCUUUUGUUGCUAUGGGAUGUAAUUCUAUUACCCACUGUACUGCUAGAUUUCAAAAGGGUAGUUCAUAAGCACUAAUAACAUUUGUGGCAAUCUGAGCUAAGUUAAUGAAAAAGAUAAUCAAAUCUAAUGCUCCAGGGCAAGAUAUGUGAUAUCUCCAGGGGUCAUAAAGAGAUCAUACAGCUGUCUCGGGGCAAGGGGCAGUUGUAUGUGUGAGUGCAAGAAGAGGCAGGAGGCAGCAGAAAAGUGAGGGUCACCUUGCCCACAAGCACUGUGUGCUGGUCACUGGCAGAGGCAGGAGGGGAUUGCUAGGUAUGUCUCAGAGAUGGAGAUGCUUAUUAAGCUAAUGAUAUUUUUAGUAAUGCCAAUACCUAAUAGAUAAGUUUCAGCUGAUCCCAGACAUUUGUCUCAAUGUGUUGAUUGGGAAAUUGGAUUAAGUAGCUCAUGCAUGGCUCUGCCUUGCCCACAGCAGGCAUAUACUGACUUGGGAGCUGACCAAGGAUUGAAAUGGCCUUUGGAAUUUGUGUUUUGGAAAACACAAGCUUCAGCGUGAAACUCACUUUUGAAGCAAAUGCCGUAUUUUAUUGCAUCUCUAGAUAGUACCCAGUGGUGAAUUUGUCUUGCUUCUAGCUAUAAGCACAGCUUAUUUUGCAGACCCUUUCAUCACUACAUACUGGUAUAUGACUUGAGGGUCCAAGCAGGGGCUUUGUGUUCCUUGCAGGUAUGUGACUGAUGAUGUUCAGCUGAGGACACUUGCAAUGGGAAUUAUAGCCAGCACCCAAAGCCAUGUUUGCUCUCACAGACUCAUGCUGUAUUUAUUGCAAGUACCUCCUUCAUCUUACUCUGCACUCCUGUAUGUUCACUGUGAGCAUUCUUCUAUUUCUACUACUGUUCUCUUCUUCAUAUCUGCUUUUUGCUACAGUAAGAUUCUGUCCUAGUUUCAGCCAAAGACAGGUUGAUUUUUAGCUGUAGCCACGAGGUGGCAGAGCCUAGAGCUGUGUGGGUGUGCCUAGGUUGUUACUCUGUACGGUGCACUUCAUCAGGGGGAGGCAGAAAUAAGGGAUUCUCACUUCCAAGGAGGAUGAUGUGGCUUGUUGACAUUGCCAAUGUGUUUUUCUCCUCUCCUCUGGCAGCAGAAUGCAGACUGAAGUUUGCUUUGACCUGGAGGGGCGUGCAGUACACCUGGAAUUGACUCUCAUGGACUGAUCCAGACUGCAAUGGAAAACUGUGAGGCUCCAGAACAACUGCAGUUCUUUGAUGACAUCAUUGUAUGGAGCAAAAUGGCAGAGGAAUUUUUUUUUUUAUGGAGCAACAUGGCAGAGGAGUAAAAUGAUGAAUCCAAGAUGAAUGUUGCCACGUUCUCAUGGACAUGGUCAAAAACCAGCAAAAUACCAAUUGUGUUCCCACCAACAGGCAAGGAGGAAACAUGGUUUUCUAUCUCAUUGCUGUUUCCAGUAAAUUUUUUGUAUCUCCACUAAGGAUAGCUGCCCUUGUCUGUCUCACUGGAGGCAGGGCUAGGAGGGGAGUUGGUCGUGGCUUUCAUUUUAGUGGGAGCGCCAAAUUAUGUAAUUCCAUUCCUACACCACGACUCAUACCAAAUCCUAGCCAUGUGAGGAUAUCAGGUACCAUGCACACAGCCUGUGUGUAUAUUGCCAAAGGUAGAUGAUUAGGAAAAACAAGAAGGCUAAGGACUCAUGAAAUAGUCCCUCCUUCCAUAUGCCUUCCUAAGCCUCAGAAACUUCCUAAAUUAGGUGUUUUAACUACCAUACUUUAUCUUUGACUGUUAAACAAUUCUGAAUAGAUGUGUUGGAUCCCUUUCCUAAUGUCUGGAUCUUACUAAUUUUCUGUAGCUCUAAAUAAGGAGCCCUAAGAGUUCUCCAGUAAAGAGACUUCUCAAAGUAAAAAUGUGUGAUGAGCAGGUGCCAUUUGUUGGCUUCAGGUGUCCUUGCAGCCUACAAUGGUGCCCAUGCCCACCAUGUGACAGUCUCGUGCCCAUGGGUGAUCCUUGUGUGACUGUCCCACCAUGGGUCCACCCAUACUGGCAUUUGCUCAUCACAAUUUUUUUCUUUGAGGAAAAAAAAUAGAGGGCUGUAUUUGACACUAGAGUACUUUUUUCUUUUUCCUUCAGAACAACAGCUAUCCACAGAAUUUAAUGCGAAAUAUUAAAGUAUUUUGGGACCAGAAGCUUUUAGUAUGAUGGUCUGUACCUUUUAGGAGUGCUUACAUGUUUUUCAUGCAGUAAUAGUGGAGUACUUUGCUGUUCGCAAUUGUUGCAUUUCUAUCAACAUUUUCUUUCUUUCCAUGUUUGUCAGAAAAGCUCCAUUAAUUUCUCGGAGUAGGAUUAUUUGUAACAUUUCUCCUGACUUUUUUGAGACUCAAAAAACCCCCAAAGAUUCAGCUGCUAGUUUUUAGGAUUUACUGUAGAGCAGAAGAAAUUAUUGUAAUAACUUUUCUUGAAUUUGCCAUAACAUUAAUCACAUUUCUAUAAAUCUUGGAUUGAAAAAGUUUAACAGAAAAACUGAUUGAAAGCUACUGUACAAAAUUAACUGCUUCCACCCACCCCUUCCCCCAGUUCCUCAAGACACCCAUGUUUCUGUUUUAAGUGCUCACAAUAUAAAGUUAUUUAAACUAUUUUAGGUUUUAAUUAAAACAAGGUAGGCUGGGGUUGAAAUGCAACCCAACAUUUUUCAGUAUGUAACACCACAUAGAUUUUGCUUAAGUUACUACCAAAGUGACUUUUAUUUAACUUCCUUUCUUUCUCUGUUCCACAAAAGAAAAAUUAUUAUCACCUGAAAGGAAGUCAAAGUUAUUCUGGAGCAGUGAGCCAUUACAAAGUUUCCAGCAUUGCAAAUAGAGGUAGUUAUUUUAAACAACAUAAUUCACCCUUCUGUAUUGCUCCUCUCUCUUUCAGCACAGACCUGUCUCUUCAUAGGAUGAAUUCUCAGCUGCAGAGCAUCCAGAUCCUAAUUUACGUGUGUGUGAAUAAUCAAGGUUAAUACAUUCCCUGUGGGAGAAACAGUCAGUGCCAUUCAGACCACAUUCUGUUUUCCUCCCUUGCCACAGAGUAGGCUGUUGAAAAUGUGUCUGAUGAAAUUGCAGGUUCCUUCUCUAUUCUCAUGAAUUAAUUUAAUGUUUCUAAUUGGGAUUAGGUAAAGUACCUCUCCCCAUGACUGGACAACCAGCAGGUGGGACAAAUGAGUUUAAAUAUCUACUCUCAAUCAUGGAGAGAAAGGUUGAAUUUACAUAUUUUCUUUUUCCCCCACAUGAUAAUUGUUUCUAUUCCUAUAAAGUGUACUGGUUUGGGGGCUUUUUAUACAUGCAGCCCAAAUCAGUGACCCAAGCACGUGUCCCGGGUCACAAAUUGAAUGGAGAGUAGGAAAGACAAAAUUCAUGGCUUGAAUUUUCAAGAAAAUAGUCCUCUUAGCAGAGGUAAAUGGAAGUUUAUUGCCGACUUUACUGUAUUAGAUUAAAUUAGGAAACUAAACACAACUUUCUCAUGUCCUCUUUAUUACAUCUCUGAUGGAUUUGUGCAAUCCCUUGGCUGGUACUGGGGCCACCCUUCUUACACAGAUCCGAAAUACUGCCCAUAAGGACUGGUACCUGCAAGAACUGGGGGCUUGUGUGUUGGAGUAGGAUGCAGUGGAACUGCAGUAAAGUAUUUAUUCUGUAUCUGAGCUGGGCAGCUGAGAAAGCCCAGCCUGGGUAGAAGCCUUGAGGCAGUUUCAUUUUGCCUCUAAGCACGUUUGGACAAUAUGUGCACAGCUGUGGAAUUCACUUGACCUUGCCCUUUUAACACAAGGAUCGUGUGUUAACAGAGGAUACAGGUCUGCACUGUCAGCCAGACAGAAUAUCAUUGUGUGUAGCCAGCCAGUGUGGUCACACAUUCCUCUUCUUGUGCAGCAACCUGGCCACUAAUCUGUGCUUCCCAACACACAGACCAGUGCUCAAGGCAGCUGGCAGUAUCUGCUGGGGCACUGGAAGGUAGGGAGCCCUUGGAGUGACAGUGCCAAAUGGGAGCAGUGAGGGUGUGCCCAGUGUGGCAGAACUGGUGGGGUGAGAGGCGAGUGGUUGGGCAUGGACUGAGAACCUGUCAGGAUGGAACCUGCGCAUGCCCCAAAUUCUCUCUCCCCUUUGCAUCCUGGUUUCCAUGUUGAGGAAAGGGGGCUGCAAUGACCCCUGCAGGUGGCAGCUGGGACUCACCAUCUCCUGGUAUGGCUACACUCACAGCUGCUCCCACUUGUCUUGGGAGGGCUUAAUCAAAAUGUGAAUUAUUUUGCCGUGGAUGCCAGGAGAUCAGAAAUGGCCCUGUGUGGUAUGAGAUGAGGCUUGGCAAGGAUGGUGCAUGGCAGGUGCUAAGGAGAGCUGAUGGACAUGGGUGACUGCAUGCAGAGAGCACUCCUGCACCCUGCACAGCCCUCAGCACCCACUACAUCUGACAUUUCAUUAUCCAGUAUGUCCCAACAGCCCCAGACAAAGACAGCAAAUCAGUGUUGCUGUGUUGAUGCAGAUCCCAAGCAGCAGGCUGAGGUAAAAAUGGGUUAAGCAUUUAGACAUUGACCAUUAUUGGAUUAUACCAGGAUCCUAUCGGUUUUUAAUAUUUGAUAGGAUGCUAAAGCAUGCCUUUUAAAUUCACUGCAACGCUCACAUAUUUUUUUACUUUGAUUCCUUGAAUUCUUCCUGUCAGUUACCCCAGAACAGCCAGAAUAAAUACAGGGCUCUGUGAAUGGUUUCACUCACACUUUAUAGAGAGGCAAUGCUGCCCUUUUAGUUAUCUGUUUUAUUGACCCAUUGACAUAGCUGAGGGUGGUGCUGCAAACUGAUUUGUGAUUGGUGAUAUUCUGGAUUCCUAGGAUACAUGUAAAAUGUUAAUUUUAUGAGUUAAACAUUGAAGAGGGAUCAUUAGUUUUUAAAAGUCAUAUUCCCACUUGGCUCUUCUCAUAAUCACUUAUGCAAGGAAGAUUACUGGGAUGACCAUGACAAUAAAAAAUAAGAAGGGAGAAGUCUUUUGCCUUAGUCUGGAGCCUGAAAACAUCUUAAGGUUUUUAAAUUUAUUUUGCACUGGACUGCAUUUAUGUGUAUGGUCAGUGCCUCUGCUUGCUGUUUGUAAGAUGUUUCCUCUCAGAAAAUAUAUAAACCUGGGUCUGGAGGUUUUUUGAACUGCAGAAGCUAUUUAUUAACAGCAGGAGCCCAUCACAGAUGAGAUUGUGGGGGCGGUGUCUGAAAAGUAGAAGCAAGAUAGGGUAGAGGACUGAACCUUGAGUCCACCCCUUUUUGCUUACUGCUUUGCUGCUCUUCCCUCUUCAGCCUCUCCUUUUCAUGAGAAACUACUGAACUUGGAAGAAAGGCUCUGCAUUUCCAUAGUCAUGGCACUCUUUUCUUCCCUCACACCAGUAUUUAUAGCCAUUAUAUGUGUUUUGAUUGGGGUAAUAAUGAAGAAAAGUGGAGAGAAGGAAAAACGUGACACUAAAAGCAAGCAUCCAUCUCGCCUGUGGGUGGAUGAAGAUUUAAAAGAUGGCACUGACCAUCCCUUAGAAGAAGAAGAGGGUGAGGAAGAGUGGCAAGGACUUGAAGAAAAUGUUGCUCAUGUCCUCUUCACUGGCGAGCGCUACUCUGAGGCUGAAAUGAUCGAGAGGUCACAGACAUUCUAUGAGCUUCUAAACAAGAGACGGUCUGUCAGGUUUCUCAGUGAUGAGCCAGUCCCCAGGGAGGUCAUUGAUAAUGUCAUCAGAACAGCAGGUACUUCACCUAGUGGAGCACACACUGAGCCCUGGACCUUUGUGGUAGUGCAAGAUCCAUAUUUAAAACAUAAGAUUCGUGAAAUUGUAGAAGAAGAAGAGGAAAUCAACUACAAAAAAAGGAUGGGAGACAGAUGGGUAAAUGACCUGAAAAGAUUGAGAACGAAUUGGAUCAAAGAGUACUUGGACACUGCUCCGUAUCUGAUCCUCAUUUUCAAGCAGGUGUAUGGGCGGCUUCCAAAUGGCAAAAAGAAGACCCACUACUACAAUGAAAUCAGUGUUUCCAUUGCCUGUGGUAUCCUGCUUGCUGCACUGCAGAACGCGGGUCUGUACACAGUGACCUCCACCCCGCUGAACUGCGGCCCCCAACUGCGGGUGCUGCUCCAGCGGCCAGCGAACGAGAAGCUCCUGCUGCUGCUCCCCGUUGGCUAUCCCAGGAAAGAUGCCACCGUGCCUGCGCUGACACGGAAGCCGCUGGAAGACAUCAUGGUGGUGAUGUGAGCCCAGAGCCAGGGGAAGGAGAGCAACCCUGCUGACAGCUGAAGUUGUCACUGCAGUUUCUGUGCAUCAUCCCCCUAUGUUGCUGUUGCUCUUGCUGUUUGCACCUCUAUUUCUCUUUGUGCUCAUAAUCCUCUAACAGCAGUGAGCAGUCAAGCACUGUGCCUUGGACAGCUGCUGUUACUUGUCUGACCGGGGUGUUGUUGCAGGGAAUAUGUACAAUGGCAUUUAAACGAUCUCAGCACUUGAUUUUUCUCAUGCAUUUUGGGGACGAAUCUCCUCUUGACCUGGAAUAUAUAGUUUCUUUAUACUUCUGUGAUUGCCAUAACACAGUUAUUUUAAGAAUUUUAAUGAAGGUUGUAUUAAAAGACACAAAGAGGUCAAACUGAGCUGUCCUAUCUUAGCCAGUAUGUGCUGUUUAAAUGCCCCUUCCCCUUUACUGUGUGGAGAAAGAUGGUAUUUUUCUCCUGGUGGGAUUUCUCUUGAUUGAGUCACAAAAAUUUUCUUAAACUAUUGCAGCUACGAGUGUCUCAAGUUGGGGGAAAUUGAGUAGGAGCAAGGCAUACAAAUAAUUUCCUUGUUACCAUUUAUUUGUACAUGCUCCAGGCACGGUUAGAUCGUGUGGUAGCUAUCAGUCGUGCCCCUGGAGGGAGCUCCUAUUCUGGUUAUCCUGUUCAUUCCUACAACUAUACCAGUUUAACACCCUGAAACCGAGACUGCUUUAGACACCCUGACACGUGGCAGGUGCUUGCACGGCAGCCCCAGCCCGGGAUUUGGGAGCUGCUCGCUGGAAGGGCUGGCGCUGCCCGUGCCCGGACGGGCAGAGCCCCCUCGUGGGGCCGCGGCUCCGCCAGCAGCGAGAGGGAAAGGCUGGAAAAGACGCGUCCUUCCUGCAGGGCUCUCCGUCCCGGGAAACGCCUCCCCACCCUCGUCUCUGCUGCAUCCAGUGCCAGGCACGUUCAGCCUAAUCGGCUUCAGCCGUCCUUGAGGGAUGAGAGGCUGGAGAGCAGAGCCACAGAAAGGGACAUGGAGGUCCUGGUUGAUGGCGAGUUGAACAUGAGCCAGCAGUGCCCUGGCAGCCAGGAGG